UAUGUAUUAGCUGGAAAGCCACAGUUUACCACAGUAAAAUACAAAUAAAUGAGAAUGUAAACGACACUGCGAAAUGUACGUAAAAAAUACAAGUACCCGAAUCCUUUUCGAAGGAACAAGGAAAGCGCAUGCGCAUUGGAUGGCAGUUGUCAAACGGUGGUUAUGGAGAUGAGAUGGGAUCAACAAGCUGUCUUUGUAUUUGGUGCGUAGGAGCAGGAUGCCACGUAAGAUAGGAUUCACCGUGGUCAGCUGGUCUGGCCAUGAAGAAAAUUAUAGUGCCAAGGAGCUCAUGGUUCAUGCCCCCACUGUCAGUGGUUGGAGGUCUGCCAGGUUCUGUACAUUCCCACAAGAGAUCACGCUGCAGAUGGUGGAGAGAUGUCGCAUCAGGAAGCUGCAGCUGCUGGCUCAUCAAUACUUGAUUUCUGCCAAGAUUGAGUUCCACACUGGGGACAGACUGCCAGAACCUGCCUCCCCUCGAAACUCCCACCAGCUCCGUAGACUUGGGUAUGUGUCACUCUCAAAUAAUGAGAAAACAGGCUUCAGAGCUCGAGAGUUGAAGUCAGUGCAUGUAGAUGCAGUGGGGACGUAUCUGAAGCUCACGUUCCACCGAAACCAUGUCAAUCAAUACAACAUCUAUAACCAGGUUGCACUGGUGGCUAUAAACAUAUUAGGUGACUCGGUGGAUUGCAGCGAUAUCAGCCCAGCACCCAGCAGAGAUCGGCUAAUUGAGCAAUAUCUCAGCAGCACGCAGCACAGCUCAGCACUGGACGGCUCAUAUGCAGGGUCUAAGUAUGAGUCUAUCUCACCGCUGGAUGAUUUGGCGUUUGACAUGUAUCAGGAUCCUGAAGUUGCCCAUAUCAUUCGCCUACUGGAUGAUAAGAAGCAAGACACGGUCCGCUUAGAGAGAUACGACCUGGCCAAAAAGCUCAAACAAGCCAUUGCAGACCUACAAAAGGUAGGGGAGCGUCUGGGCAGGUAUGAUGUUGAGAAACACAGCGCUAUAGAGAGAGAGGAUUAUGACACCGCUAAGCAGAAGAAAGAGCAGAUGGAGUCAUACAGGCUCAGAGUCUACCAGCAACUCGAGCUACAUGACCUGCUGGACAUGGGUCAGUUACAGAUCCAGAGAAUGGCAGAAGAUGUGUCAGACUGUAGUGUUCCCUCUCCACGUGUCCGGCCUCUUAAACAUACCUCAAGUCUUUCCCAAUCACCAAAGAAGAAGAGACCAGAGCAGCUUUUGGUGAAGGAGGAUCAGAUUAUACCUAAACCUACGAGCCCAGAGCAUACGCAUCCAACACCCCGCUCCCCGCCUCCUCACCUCCCAAAGACUGACGUCAUUUCAUAUGAUGAGAGGCCUCUGCCUGCCUUGAGGAAGAGAUCAGGAGAGCAGCCUCAGCACGAACACCCAAGCAGCCCCCGCAGUCCUAGAGCCACUGGAGAACCAGAGCCUCUCACUGAGAAAGCUCAGAGAGAGGCCAGUCUGCCCAUAGAGAUCUAUGGAGACAGUCUGGUGGCUGGAGCGUACUCAAAGACAUGGUCCUAUAGGGAAGAUGCAUUACUGGCUGUGUGCAAGAAGCUGACAGAGGUUGCUCCCGGAACUCCUAAAGCAGAACUGAGAAACAUGAUGAGAGCAGCAGUUUUCCUCUGCAAGAAAGCACUUUCUGAUAAAGUGUCAUCAGUGUUCCAGGCUUCUCUGAAGCUGCUGAGGAUGAUUCUGAGUGAAUUUGUGUCCUCCCACCAGCUGAGCAGAUCUGAGGUCAGUUACUGUGUGGAGCAGAUCUGGCCGGCACUUCUGUCCCGCACUGGCGAGUCCACACCGAGGCUCCGGACACUUGCCAUCACUUUCAUACAGGAAAUGGCUGUGUAUAAGGAGGUCCGUGCUCUACAGCUGGUGCCCACUGAGUUGGUGAAGCCCAUUAAGAGCAGCCUGCCUGCACGGCUGGCCCUCAGCAGGAUCGAGCUGCUGGAGAAGCUUCUGGAACAGCUUGGCACCAAAGAUUCCGGCUUUACCCUCGAAAACGUCAUGCGGUUUCUGACAGGUGUGUUAGAGCACAGUGCUGCAUCAGUGCGAGAGCUGGCAGUACGAGUCGUGCAGACCAUGUACCGUCAACACGGCACUGUGGUGCUACACUAUCUGCCAUCCGAUGAUGCCAGCGUGCGUAAAAACGUCCUCUACAAAAACCUCUUCGACUCUUUUUCCAAGAUAGAUGGAAGACUUCCAGACACACAGAUGCUAAAAGGAAGAGGAGUGCAGAAGGAAGGAGAGAGAGAGAAAGAGGAGAUCAGGAGUUUGCAAGAGCAGCUGGCUGUUCUGAAGGAGAUCAGUGAGAAGGGGAAGGAAAAAAACAAAUCACCUGAAAAGCCAGAUAAACCAGGUGUUAAAAAGGGAACUCAUUCCAUCUCUGAUGAUGCAGUCAAAGCAAGCCAGUCAACUGUAGCAGACUACUUAGACAAUCUGUGUAUAUUUUGUGGAGAGAAAGACAAAUCUUUUACGGAGGAGGGCUUGGACUUGCACUACUGGAAACACUGUCCAAUGCUGUGCCGUUGCCUCCAGUGCAGACAGGUGGUGGAGAUUUCCAGCCUGACCGAGCACCUUCUCACAGAAUGUGAGCACAGAGCUGAUUUUGUUCCGUGUCCUCGCUGUUCAGAGGCUAUCAUCAGAGAUCAGCUAACUGAACAUGCUCAAAGCACCACCUGCAACUCCCUUCCUGCUGAUGGAAGCUGUAAUCACUGUCCUUUAUGUCAUGAGAACUUCCCUCCAGGAGAAGAGGGCUGGAAGUCUCACCUCAUGGACAGCAGUGCAGGCUGUACACAGAACACACGCAGGACAGUGACGCUGCAGCGAACUCACAUGCACACACAAGGGAAGACAAUCAGCAUAGGCUUGUCGAAGAGAACAACAGUGUCUGUUGUUAAAGGUAAAGGGGGCAGCAGGGGAAGCGGCCGAAUCCCUGCACCCGCACCACGACCCAGCAGGACCAGUCACGUCAGUCCAGGCAAGACCGUGAGCCACAGACCAGGACAAGCCUGAGGUUCAAUCUGCUCAGAUUAUCAGUACUGUCAUGUACAGUAACAGGGCUAAAGCUGGCACACUGAAAUUCACUUUGAAUUUGAAUUUUACUUUGUGCUUUGAAUCAAUUCGAAUCAAAUGUGUUCAUUGGUUUCACGAAAAUACAUUACAUUAACACACUGUAGAAGUAAUAAACUGAAAAGCAGUUAUUGGGCUGAUGUAAUACAUUACACAUUUAAUGUGGUAAAUUUAUAAGUGCACUAUUUUCUUUUUCAGUGUACACAUUUUUCUUGUAACCUUAAAGUGCUUCAACCGUGAAACUUAUCCUGCUAAACCUCAUUGGCAAUUGUCCUUCAUAGACUGAUUCUUUGAAGAGUUUUGCCCUCUAACACUUGUGAUACUGGCAUGUCAUACAGGGAGAGAUUUACUGUCAUUAGUGUUAAAUAAAAAUAUUGGGCCCAUAUCAUGAAAAACUGAGUUUUCCUGGCUUUUUUGUAAUAGGAGUUUGAUGUAGUACGUAAACAUUGUUAAUGUUUCUAACAGUACUGUUCAACCCCCAGUCCAUACAAUCCAUAUGUGGAAACUAAGCUGCAAAAACAGCCUGUUUUGAAUUCAUUGUUUUUGCAAUGUUAUAAAAAACCAAUACUUUAACAUAGAACCCUGAUUCCAAAAAAGUUGGGAUGCUGUGCAA